CACCGCGCGGCCUCCCUGGGGGAGGACAGGCCAGCAUGAGCUGGGCCCUGUGGAGGAGGGCAGCCGGGACCAGCCGCCUGCGGCCCCCGGCGCCCAUGCAGAGCCCACGGAGCCUCCACCCGAACCGGACGCCCGAAGCCCAGCCUGAGCCCGCCGACCCUGACCGGCCCAUCCACUUCUCGUCCAGCAGAGGCAACCCGCGCCGUUGGACGGUGGCCCAGUCCCUGGGGAGCGACGCCCGGAGGCCCCUGUGGCAGGUGGUUCCCCUCAGCCUGUCCUUCAUGGGGCUGCUGCUCUGGUGCUUCCUCAGGACGGAGACGGAGACGGACCGCUGGCUGGCCGAAGUCCUGGAGGGCUCGCCGCUCCUGCCCCCAGAUGGGGACGGACCCGCCCAGGCACCCCAGGGGCCGGCGGGGCCGGGGGCCGGGACUUGACCCGGCCCGUGGGACCCAGUGGAAUGGCGGGGUGGUGGGGACCCCUGGGUCACCACGGUUCAGCCCCCUGCCCUAAGCGUGCCUGGCUUUGACAGGGCCGCGGCGGGACCCCCUCCUUGCUCCCACGGGGAAUUCCACUGCAGCAUGGCCAACGUGCUCCCUGACAGGACAGAACCAUCGGGGUGGGACACGAACCAUCACGGGCCGCCAGGUUUAGGGCCUUCCCUCACACGUUUGCCAUGUGACCGAAACGUCAGGGGACCGUCCACCAGCCUGCCGCCUUUCCGGUCCGGACGAGGCUGCUCAAGAAAGUAGCCCGGGCCACCGUCCCUCUCAUUGUACCCGACCGGGUUGGGGUGGGAGGCGGGGAACCGUACCUUUCAUCUGUUUUGGGACAGGCACUGGGAACUCAAAAAAUAAAGUAAGUAUGGCCUUUGA